CUCUGCUGGGUUUAGCCACCACAGACUCUGCCGUCUCCCCAUGGUACUCCUUUCUGGUGACCGCGCCCAACGGCGCGUUGGGUGACCGAUGCUGAAGCCGCGGUGGAACAAGGGCAUUGCUGCUGAGGAUGCGGGAAACAGCGACGGCCCAGGCGGACGUGGAAGGAAAGUUCCAGCACGGCUGUUGACUUCGCAGCUCUGCAACGCUGGGGAGCGAAUCGCGAAGCUGUGUGAGCAGCUGCACUUCUGGCAGGAUCAAUCACAGGAUCUACAGCACGACUUGCGCCUUAAGUUGGCCCAGAAAGCUGCAGUCGAUGCCCGGCACGAGCGCCGUGGUGCGCUGGCACGACGGCUGCAGAAGCUGCAAGGGGACCUGCGGCAAAGACGGGAAGGCCUCCAGCGCCUCAAAGACUUUCCGGCUGCCACUUCGGGAAGGUUGGAGCUGCAUGCGCUACAGGCCUGCGCUUCGCUCCGUGAUCGACAGAAGCUUCUGGACCCGGAGCAGCUUCUGCGAGCACAGGAGAUGCUUCAAGAGCUCCAAGGGCAACAGGAGGCCACAAAAGCAGAACUUUUGGAGGCAACUCGCUCUUUGCAGAAGAGCUGGCAGCGUUUGCGGUGCCAACAAAUCCGAAAGCUGUACGAAGUUCGACAAGUUUACCCGGUGCAGCAGUGCAAUUCCUACUGGACGAUUCGUGGCAUUUGCCUUCGUGGCCUGGCGAGCCUUCGGCACCAAGAUCCAAGAGAGGAACGAGAGGCGAGUACAGCCUUGGGAUAUUUGAGUCACUUGUUGGCCUCAGCAGCCUCCCUAUUGCAGGUGCCGCUGCAGCUGGAGUUGAAUCGUGUGGGCUCCUCUCGCGCCUUUGUGGUGGACCCCAAUGGGCCACCUGAAGCAAGCCGGACGCUGUCCAAAGGACGACCUUUUGCGCCGACCCGUGAGCGCCGAGCAGAAGGGGAGUGGCCCUUGCAUUAUGGCCGAGCGAUUGAAAAGACGCAAUUCGACACGGCUUUGAGGCUGCUCGAGCAAAGCCUCCAUCAGUUCCUCUAUAGCCGUGGCUAUCGCCACCAAAAAGCCCAAGGAGACAACCUACUGAAAUGUGCGGACGUGAUUUUUUGCCAGGAAAUCUAUGCAGGUGAAUCUCCAUAGUCAAUUUCUACUCCAGAUCUUCUGGUCUGGAUGGAUUUGGAUUCUUAACUUAACAAAAGCUUGGCGGAAUAUCCACAUGUGCUUGCAAAGUUCCAAGGUCUUAGAAUUUUCUCCAGUUGGAGACAGUUGGCUCGGGUUCACCAUGCUUCACCUACAACGGUGAAGCCGCAUGGCCGUUGCGAAAA